UUGACCUGAUUUCCUUGGAUCUUUAAAACCCCAUUUUCCAGUGGUUAAUACUGCACUAAGACGUAUUUGUUUUAGUUUUGUGUGCGUUGCUGUCCACUGAUCCUGACGCACCAAUUCAGUACAUUUUCCAGCAGAGAUCAUUGUGAGAUCGCAGGUCAGGAGGAUGACUGCUCGAUUGUGUUUCUCAUUGAUUGCCGUUUAUUCGUGUCUGUUCGGAUACUUGAGCAUAACUCAUGCUAUUCAAAGACAAACCACAGUGAAGCCGGGUCAAUGUCCCCUACCGGAGAUGAUUCCACUGCGUGCUGAAAGCUGUGUCCGUGAUAGCCAGUGUCCUGCCACACAGAAAUGUUGUCCAACCGCUGGUGGCUUUUCAUGCAGUGAACCACGUGGCCAGGGCAAAGGUCAGGGCCAGGGAAGCGGCCACGGUCAGGGAAGCAGUCAGGGCCACGGUCAGGGAAGCAGUCAGGGCAAUGGAAGCGGCAAGGGUCAGGGCAAGGGUCAGGGCCAGGGAAGUGCGGCCAGGGUCAGGGCAAUGGAAGUGGGCAAUGGUCAGGGCCAGGGAAGCGGUCGGGGCAAUGGUCAGGGCCAGGGAAGCGGUCGGGGCAAGGGCCAGGGGAGCGGCCAGGGCCAGGGUCAGGGAAGUGGCCAGGGAAGCGGUCAGGGGAAGGGUCAGGGAAGCGGCCAUGGUCAGGGAAGCGGUCAGGGCAAGGGUCAGGGAAGCGGUCAGGGCAAGGGUCAGGGUAGCGGCCAGGGUAGCGGUCAGGGCAAGGGCCAGGGAAGCGGCCAGGGUAGCGGUCAGGGCCAGGGAAGUGCUCAGGGCAAGGGUCAGGGAAGUGGCCAUGGUCAGGGCCAGGGAAGCGGUCAGGGCAAGGGUCAGGGAAGCGGUCAGGGCAAGGGUCAGGGGAGCGGCCAGGGGAGCGGCCAGGGCCAUGGUCAGGGUCAGGGAAGUGGCCAGGGAAGCGGUCAGGGGAAGGGUCAGGGAAGCGGCCAUGGUCAGGGAAGCGGUCAGGGCAAGGGUCAGGGCAAGGGUCAUGGUAGCGGCCAGGGAAGCGGUCAGGGCAAGGGCCAGGGAAGCGGCCAGGGUAGCGGUCAGGGCCAGGGAAGUGCUCAGGGCAAGGGUCAGGGAAGUGGUCAGGGCCAGGGAAGCGGCCAGGGCCAUGGUCAGAGCCAGGGAAGCGGUCAUGGCAAGGGCCAGGGAAGCGGUCAGGGCCAGAGUUGUGGCUGCAGAGGUGGUUGCAGAUAUGGUCAUGGUGGGGGAUGUACUUGUUGAAAUGAUCAUGGGAACUUUGCAUGACACUUACUGGCGCAUGUCUCAGUUUGGUGCUUUUUAUUCUUAUGGAAUGUUUUCCCUGUUUGUUCAUGGUUUACAAAGACUUGUCCAUC